AUGGAAUCUUACCCAGUUGCAGUAUCUGAUUCGAAAGGUGGAAAUACAAGUUUACUUCCGAGGCUCACAAAUGCUGUUGCGAGUACAUCGGAGGGUAAUCAAGGAAGGAAUAAUGCGGAGAUGGAACAAAAUUUGGUGUCUAUGGGCAGUGCAGGUCCAGCAGAGUUUGAUAAGGAGUACAGAGACAAGCAACUUCAAAACCGUGGGGGCAAAGAGCCACCACCAGGGAGGAUGAGUAAAGAAUUUUGUGUCUAUCAUAGGUUCCACGGUCACACAACAAGCAAAUGUAGAAAUGUGAGGAAGAUUAUAUUGCGAAUGAUUGAGCAAGGAAAGUUGGACCAUUUCUUACUAAAACAGCCAAGGAAUUUACCACUACCACCACCUCAAGGAAAUACAUAUGCAAAUGAAAAGGACGGGAGUACAUUUGUUAUUGAAGUGGGCGCGAAGGAAAAUAAUUUAUAUUGUAACUCGAUCAUACAUUCGUUCAAAAACAUAGAAGAUUUUCAUGAUAAUGUCUUAAGUCGAGUAUAUGCAAGAGAUGCUGAAGGAAGGGAAAUUCUUAACUUGGCAAAAGUAUCACUCUUGAAAGAAUGGAAAAAGCAGAAGAUCUCGUUCAGCGCAGAUGAAACACCAGGAGGAGGAGAACUACAUGAAUGUCCAUUGGUGGUGCGAUUGGGAAUUAAUCCGAAGCCGUUAGAAGAAGAUGAGGAAGAAAAUGAGAAAAACACCUGGGCGAUAAAUAGGAUACUUAUAGAUACUGGAAGUUCUGUAGAUAUUGUGUUUUAUCAUACAUAUAAAACAAUGGGUGGAAGAGAUGAUGAGUUGAUCCCUUCAACAUACAAAAUCUAUGGCUUUAAUAGUUCUGCGAAUAAACCAAAAGGGGAGGUGACUAUGCGAAUUCUUGUACAAAAUUUACCAACAGAUAUUACAUUCUGCGUAGUGGAUGUUGAGCCGCCCUAUAAUGCUCUCAUUGGAAGGCCAUAG